UGGAACCUCGGUUGCGUAUCUCCGGUCUCCUGUCUAUUGUGGAUCGGCCCAGCGGGCCCGGGGUGGUGUUUCUGGUGGGCCCAUCCGCUCGAAUUGGAGGGAGGUUUAAAGAGCCAAUUGCAAAUAAAGGCAAAUCGUUGCAUCGCGUGUGCCGUGACGCAGAAUGCCGGUUAGUUUCUUUCAAAGAGCCACACACGGAGUUUGGUAUGAUUCGUUAAUAUUGUAUAGCGCCCUCUAUGUUGGCACGCUUCUCAUGAAUCAGUGUCUCGCGCGCGAAAAAGUGAGUUCGUGUGAGAAAUUUGAAGUGAAAUUGGCUCAUCCUGGAUCUACUAAAACUUUAGUGAAGUGUUUUUUUCUUAAUUCAAAACGCAUUUAUGAACCAUAAGCGCAGAAACGAGAAAAUUUUUAGGUCAGACCAGUUCGGAAUGUUUUGUUCUAGAUCGUUAAACUUUGUUGGGAUAAUUGAAAAAAAAGUGGAAUUUGUGUGUGUUUCUUAUAAAAGUGUUUGUGCUUCGUAUUCGGAAUACAUAUCACUGAUUGCGGAUUUUGAAGUGCCCAACUGCCGCUCAUGCACCAAUUUGCUCACACAAGAAAACUUCAGCCAAUCUUUAAAUUAAAAAAGUAUUCCAAAACGAAUAAAAUCGAACACCCCGUUUUUCAAUUCGCAAAGACACCAACGAAAGAGUUUCACAUCGUCAACCGGAAAGAGGAUCCUUGCGACCUCGAAAGAAGAUCCUCCUGAUGGCGGGUCGGAAAUUUGCCGGAAGUUCAACCCGUCAUCGCCACAGGGAAUCUUGCGACGAUCUCAUAAAACUCGAGGCGGAAUUGCGAAAAGCGUACACCUUGAAGAUUCUCCAGGCUCAAGUAGCCGAGAAGGACGCGAAUCGAGAAAUUGAGGAAAUAAGAGAGAAAUUCGUGGAAAAGAUGCUAAUACUCGAUAUACAAGAUGAGAUGAAAGAGAAGAUGAUAAAAUCGAAGGAAGAUAAAUCGAAAAAGUGUGAGAAAUAUAAAAACGAAUUGGAAGGGCAGGUGCUCUUGAAAGAGAAAGAAAAGAAGAGAAACGAAAUGGAGGAGCGAAUGGAGAGGAGAGUUAUGGUCGAAGUUGACAGGAUUCGAGAUGAAGAAGAAUCAAAAAAGUUGAGAUCCAAGAUAGAGUUUGGUGAAAGGAUCACGAGAGAGAAUCAAAUACAGGAGGAAAUAAGAGAAAUUCUUAAAGGGAAGGAAAUCGAAUUGAGUGAAGAAGAGGAUCUUAAAGAUAGGAAGUACUUGGAACUAUUCGAGAAGAGGAAGCUGGACCUGAAGAAAGUGCGAGAGGAAGAAAUGAGAAAGAGAGAAGAGGUAGUAAAUUUAGUCGCAGGAAUGAUAAUGGACCUCGAGUCUAGAAAGAAGGAGAGAGAGGCUAUUAUUGCUGAUCUGGUGGCGGAAGAAAUUGAAUACCAGAUUAUAAUCCGGGAGAGGAACCUGUGUACGAAGAGACGGAAGGAGAAAGAGGAGAUGGUCACUAUUUUGGAAGAGCAGAUCUCCUUCAAUGAAGAUUGUAAGAGACGUUUUGUGGAAAAGGAUAGAGAUUUUACAGAAGCUGUUAUGAAGCGAAUUCUUGAAGAUGAGAGGAUGGAGAGGUCAACACUGGAAGCUAGAAGAAGAAGAAUGAUUAAGUAUCGAGAGGAGCUGGAACGUCUUAUGGAGGAGAAGAGAAUCUUGAGGGAGAAACAGAUUGCCCAAAUUCAAAAGGAUCUUGAGGCUGAGCAGCUGCAAGAGAAAAUUAUAAGGGAUCGUCUCAGGGAUGAGAGAAUUGCUUUAUUGGAACUUCAUAGUGGAAGUGUGGCUGCGUUUAUUGAUAGAAGUCAAUUAAACAAGGGGGAGCAGAAGAUUCUUGCAGGCUAUCUAAAGAGGAAGAAAUGAAAGUACAUCACUUCGAGUUUAUGAGUUCUAAUCUAAGGGGCCAUAAUUAAGGAUGUACACUAGGUACAGUCAAUUCCAAAAGUUGCCUAUAUUUAAAAUGAUUUCAAAAAUCGACAACAAAAGAUCCAUUAUUGAUUUCUGUAAAUAUUGGUGGAGGCUUCUAAGCACACUUCAGAAAAGAAUAAUUAAGGUGAAACUUGUUUAUUUAACCGUAGUUAUUUAAGGGUUAAGUUUUUCCUUUCUCUUUAGGGAAAAAUUAAAAUUUUUAUUUAAUCCUAAUAAUCACGGCCUCCGUUUAUUUUUUGAAGGACUCUCUACAAUUCUAUUUGA